AUGUUAUGGGUUCAGAGACCAAUGGGUAUAUGGAUUAUACAGAUACUGCUCUCAGUUAUCACCCUUCUCAAGGCCUCAGUUAUGGUCUAUAUCUCAGCUAAGGGUCACAGAAGGGAACAGAUGCUUUCCACUCAUUUUAUUUUGGAACUGGUCUGCACGGUUCCUGUUUUAGCCACAGUAAUUGGAAUCAAAAAUUCUGAGUUUACAAUCAAAGUUUUGGUAUUAUAUUUCUGUUUUCAGAAUGACCUUCAUUUAACUCGUCAAAGAUUCCAAACUAUGUCGGUGACGUUAUCACAACAAAUUUUACUGCUGAUAGCCAGUGUCUUCUGUCUGGUUUUUACUACAAUUUGUGGUAUUCAACAUAUACAAAGAGGAAGUAGAGACACUCAGCUCACGAUGUUUGAGUCCUUCUAUUUUGUUAUUGUGACGUUCUCCACCGUUGGUUACGGUGACAUCUCACCAGAUAUCUGGUUUGGACAAAUGUUUAUGAUCGUUAUGAUCUGUGUGGCCUUGGUCUUCGUUCCCAGACAGUUGGAGAUUAUAGCAUCAACAUGGAUAGAGCGUUCGAAAGCUGGUGGAGAAUACAGUAAAAACUCAGCAGCCAGAAAUAAACACGUUGUCGUCUGCUCUACUGAAUUAUCAACUGAUGCUGUCAUGGACUUCUUAAGCGAAUUUUAUGCUCAUCCUAAGCUAGAGGACCACAUGGUAAUCUUGCUAAGCUCCUGUGAGCUGAACAACAGCAUGCAUUUCAUCCUGAAAGAUCCCAAAUGGACUCAUCGUGUUAUAUAUAUGAGAGGAUCUUCAUUGAAAGACCUGGAUCUACGAAGAUGUCGGAUCAAUGAUGCCGACGCCUGUUUUAUUCUGGCGCCACAUUCUGUAGCUGACAAAGCCAGUGCGGAUCAACACACCAUCUUGAGAUCUUGGGCUGUAAAGGAUUUUGCUCCCAAUUGUAAACAGUAUAUCCAGUUGUUCAAAGCCCAGAAUAAAAUGCAUGUCAAGUUUGCAGAACAUAUAGUAUGUGAAGAUGAAUUUAAGUUUGCACUAUUAGCCAAUAAUUGCCUGUAUCCAGGGUUAUCUACCUUGGUAUCAUUACUGGUUCAUACAUCAGACGGACAAGAGGCAGAACUGGCCAAUGAACAAUGGCAGCAACUUUACGGUCGUCACUCUGGCAAUGAGAUCUACCACAUUCAACUGGCCAAAAGCUCCUUCUUCAGUCGAUACGAAGGCAAGAAAUUCACUGAAGCAUCUGCAGAUGCUCAUCAGAGAUUUGGUGUAGCAUUGCUAGCCAUCUUAGAUACCCAGACCUCUGAACCACGCCUACAGCUGAAUCCUGGGCCCACCUACACUAUGAAACCCACUGAUUACUGUUUUUAUAUGUCAGUUACUAAAGAAGAAUACUCUCAGAUCAAACAAAUCGCCCUGGUGCUCCAGAAAUACCAGAAUGAAUCGGAAGAUGAAGGAGAUGAAGGAGAGAGUGUGUUCGAUACCAUCACCUCCAUGGUGGGUCAGGAGAUCACUAAGGUCCUCCAUGGCUCGAAAAAAACGGACGACAAUGAUAACGACACUACUUAUAGAGAUGAUACACCUUCUCCGACAGAAAACCUCCCGUCCAACAGUGGAAUUAUGGGAAGGGAAGCCGAUGGUUUAAGUCAUCGAAACGGCACUGGAAAUAUCUUACAGUUCUAUAAUGACAUGGGCCAAGAAAUUAUUUGGUUUAUUUUUUUCAGGAUAAUGACUGGUCCUCCACCUAUCACUAUGUACUUGGGUUCCCAUAGAACUAACUGUCAUAUCAUGAAGAUACCACGGUCUUUCUGCUGUCUGGAGUGGGGCAAGCAUUGCGAACACUGUAAAUAUAAAAACGCCAAUGAUGAACGAUGGAAUAGACAGCUUAUUAUAUUGUCUGUGGAAUACGCCACGUAUGGAAUCUACAACUUUAUAGUACCAUUACGGUCAAACUUCAUUAGUAAAUACUGUCUAAGUCCUAUUAUACUACUAAUAGAGGAACAACCAGAUAAGUUAUUUUUAGAAACGAUCUCGCAGUUUCCUUUGGUGUACUGGAUGAAAGGCAAAAUAUCUUCUGUAGAUGAUCUACUGAAAGCUGGUAUAAAUAAGGCAAGUCAUCUGGUUGUCGUCAACAAAGAUAAGGCUCACAAACAAGGGGAGGAAACUCUUGCUGACUCAGAAACUAUCGUUGCUGUUCAAACCAUAUUCAGAUUGUUUCCCAACGCCAACAUCAUCACAGAACUCAGUCAGGCUUCCAAUUUACGUUUCAUGCAGUUCCAGGCAUCGGAUGAGUAUUCCCAGAAAAUAUCUCAACUGGAACAGAAAUUAAAAACAGAAACACCGUCCAAUCUCAGUUACAUGUUUCGUCUUCCAUUUGCUGCUGGCCAGGUUUUCAGCGCCAGUAUGUUAGAUACUCUUCUAUAUCAGACAUUUGUAAAGGGUUAUUUAAUUACGUUUGUGAGAUUAUUAUUAGGUAUUGAUGCUGAACAGAAUUCGGGGCAUUUAUCAAGUAUUCGGGUAAAAAGAGCUACAUUAAACCUGUACCCAACUUAUGGUGAUCUCUACCAGGGACUGUGUACUGCCACAGGUGAAGUUCCUAUUGCUAUUUAUAGAACU